UCAUGUAGAGCUAAUGUGUGCACAGCUGACAGUUCUGGGAGGCCGAGCCAACUGCCCACCUGCCUGUCAAAUCUCGGCGAGUUUUUUUUUUUUUGUGUUACUCUUCACUGCUUACUGGCUACACUUGGCGGAGCUGACCGUAUUUUAUAUUGCAGCAGCAGCAGCAGCAGCAGCUACAAGCGCCGGAGCUGUCAUUUCAGUCAGCUGUUUGUGUCAAAGUCACCGGCACAGUGCUCGAUAGUUUGACCAGAUCUUUGAGCCCUGGGCAUGGAGCAGCAGUCCAGCGCCCACUCGGUCAAGUUGUACAUCUACGACCUCUCUCGUGGAAUGGCCAGGCAGCUGAGCCCCAUCAUGCUGGGAAAGCAGCUGGAUGGCAUUUGGCAUACUUCUAUUGUAGUCUAUGGUGAUGAAUUUUUCUUUGGAGGGGAUGGGAUUUCCAGCUGCCCACCAGGUGGGACAAUGCUGGGUCCUCCUAAUUCAGUGGUCGAUUUGGGAAUCACAGAAGUGACUGGGGAGAUUUUCAUGGACUAUCUGAUGUCUCUGGGCGAGUCUACCUACAGGGGUGAAUGUUAUCGCUUGUUUGAACACAACUGCAACACCUUCAGCAAUGAGGUAGCUCAGUUCCUGACUGGAAAAAAAAUUCCUUCUUAUAUUACAGACCUACCUUCAGAAGUGCUUUCCACGCCAUUUGGACAAGCACUGAAACCAAUCCUGGAGUCCAUUCACAUCCAGCCACCGGGAAGUAACAUCCUGAAUGGCCACAACAUGCAGAGCUAAGGGUCCCAGGCGGCUAAAUGGCCGCUCGCCUGACCCUUAGAUAGUCUUAGAGUGGAAAUAAGGGGGCUGAAUCAAAAAGCUGCCCUGCUGCCAAGCGACCUGUGGAUGGACCCUCUACAGUGUUCCUGUUGUACAGUGAUUGAAUGAUGGCUGCGUGAGGUAGUGUGUCUGAAGGCUGGCCUGUACUUCAGUUUUUAUGCAGGCCCCUUUCUCUGUAUCUGUACUGCUUGGCAUAUGUCUCAGCAGCAGCUUUUGUUGUGAUUGGGGAGCCGCUUCCGUGGCUGUGGAUGCAUAGUCCUCCGUGCAAGAAAACAUGCCCUUUGCCCCCAGUGAGUUGUAUCUCUACAGCACAAUUGUUUGAAGUGAUUGACCGCCAACAUACCGUCAAUGUAGUGUUUCCGCACUCGCUCUCACUGUUUAGUCAAGGGAUGGAGCUUCUGUGUAACCCACACUACUCUCCACCUGUUCCAGCAGGGUGCAAAUGUAUGGUGUGGAUGGAACAUCUGACAUUAAACAUAAAAACAGAAUACGGCCUGAGAUUUUUAUUUUCAUUCUCCCUUCAUAGUAGAUUGUAUCUUCAUCUUUGUAGUUGGCAGACUUUAAGUAUGAUUUCUUUAACAGCAUGCUGUCACUUAAUUAAUUUUUUUGUCAUUUUUAUUGAUUUCAUUAUAAUCCGUACAUUCCAGAUUAAUAGCACAUUAAGUAUAACAUCUUUGUCAAAUCAGAUCAGAUACUCACCAACUCACUGUCUGUGAAAGUUCUUUGGUAUUGGCAUGACACGUAUGAAAGGUAAACCUACACUCCUUUGUUGGUAGACUGGCAUUUAAUGCACAUUUCUGCAAAUUAGAUUGAUUUGUGCAUAAUAAGUCAGUAAUAUCUGAGGAACUGAAUCGUAUUUAUGAUGUGUUGCUGGCUUUCUAGGUUGUUACUUUUUUUUUUUUUUUGGCCAGGAAGGCACACACAACUGAUCUAAGGUGACGAGCUGCUGAUUUGAUUUAUUUUAUGUUCUCAAGUGGACCUGUCACACUAUCUAUUGUCAUUCCAAGCACCCUUUAUUCAUAAAGUGCUUUGUAUUAUUUUCAAUAUAUUUUGCAUCGGCUAUUGUUUUCUAUGGUUUUGAAUUUAAGCUGUUGCUCAUGUACCUCAAAGAUGCAAGAAAAUGUUCAGGCCUCUAACUCGCAUCUCCAAACCUCCAUCCUGAAAAUGUAUGACGUUUAAUUGCUUAAAUAACACUAGUGGGUUUGAAUAUAGGAAUUGACUGUCUGUGGUCUUUUAUUGUGUAAGCAGACUGAGAAAUGGAUAGAUGGAAUUGUUUAGUGUAGAAAUAAAGAGAAAUGGCGAUCCAUUAAUCCAACAUAAAGUGAUAGUCAAGGACACUGUGACUCUUCAUUUGUAUUUGUUAGUCAAAUGUGUCUUCUUUUUGUUUAAUUGGUUUUGCAGUGUUCUUGUUAUUUUUGCAACAAGUUUGAUCUUCUAAGUAAUUUUUAAAAGCUGUAAUUAGUUUUCUUAUUAAGAUUAGGUACUUCUUAAGACCUUUCCCAAUUGCUCGUUCUUCAAAGACUGGUAAUUAUAAUGAAGAGGCUAAACCUGAAAAUUACGCACAUUUGAAUGCAAAAUGAUUUGAGCAGGAUGCUCUGUUAAAGGAAGAAAUUAGCCUGCCAUUCAGUGACUGCACCUCUCAGAUGUAGAGUGUGCAUCAUUUUGAGCUAAAUUAAUGGCUCUAUGAUUAGCGAUGAAAAGAAAUUGUGCAUCUUAAACAUAAUUUGGACUUUUUUUUUUUUUUAGUUUAAAACUUGUUUAUAUUGGGUACACCUAGCAAAACUUGAGGCAAUUAAAACUAAAUAACCCUAUGGUAUGAUUUAUGGUGGUGGCAGUAGGUGAGCCACUAGCAAGUGUGUCACUCGUGAACAAGUUCUGUGCUGAAGAGUAGGUGCCAAAUCCAUCCCUAACUUGGUGCUGCUUCCUAACCCUUUAUUUAACUAUAGCCACGUGCUUCACGUUUAUGUUUCUGUUUCCAUCUUUGAAAUACCGUGGGCUCCAUCUGGACCUUUUAUUUUGAAUGUGUUUUGUGUGCAUGUACAUGCUUGUUGUCCUGUUGUUGUCAUAGCUGAAGAAUGUCUUUCGUAUUACUUUAUACCAGUUAUUGUCAUUUCAGCAUCUGCAAACUUCCAGGUGGUUAGAAAUCCCCAUCAUUUCCAAGUCCAUCUUGAAAGACAAAGUAUUUUCUGUUAUCAGCAAAGUCUGAAACUUCCCUUUUCUGUGAAUUUAUUCCCCUGAAAAUGAUUAGUUAGGGGGUGAAACACAACCUCAUUUAUUUAGGCAUUGAUGCUGAUGGCACUACAAUAAGAUGAAAAUGUUUUCCCACAGUGUCUCUUGCAGCUGGGCAGUAUCUGAUUCUCCCAACUUAGUAAUAUUUAGAGAAUAAAUAAUAAUGUAUAUAUAUUUAUUCAUGUUUUCUCAUGUAGUUUUUAAUAUAAAUCAUUUUUUCACAUUCCAUUGUAUUUCUAAUCUUUCUAGUCUGUGUUUAGUAAGUACCUGUGCUGAAAGAAUCAUAAUGUCAAACGUGUCUUUGAAUUAUUCUGCCCUUUCCUAUUAGCCCACACAUGCAUGGCGGUGGCCGUGUUUCUGGCCCUUUGUUUUAUGUGUUAUCUGUCUGCUUAGUUUGGGCCACUUCAGUUAAAUUUCUCCCUUGAAUAAUUCUGUCCUCUGGCAGAUGAGGAGGAGGAAGAGGAGGAGGAGGAGGAGUGCUUCUGGCCAGUUGCAACCCUAAGAGAGCGUUCUCUGCUUCUUCUGUUCCUUAUAUUUUUUUGGACUCCUUUAAUAGUAAUAGAGAUAACGGGUACAGUGAAUAAGAAUCAUUUGAACAAAGCAGCUGAGGAGGAGCACAUUUUUGUUUUUGACAUUUGGUGCCAUCUUUACAUCACACAUUUACCCUGACGCCCUUAGCAUUUAUUUUGUUGAGUAUUUGUACGUGGCUUUUGAUUUGGUUUUAAGUAUAGCAGUAGUAGAGGAUUAUAAGAAUCGGUGUAAAAUAGUUUUGAUGUAAAUAUUAGCUGCCUUUUAUACCAAUUGGUUGUGUCAUCCCAAGAAACAAAACAUUAGGAGACCAAUCAUGGUUUUUAAAAGGGGGGAAAGAAAAGUUUGUGAACUGAUGAUGGGGAACUGGUGCUGUCCUGUCCUGUACUUCAUUCAUGUUGCCAUUACUCAUAAAGAUAUGAUUUUUUAACAACA